AUGCGGUUUAAAAUAAGCACAAUUUUACCGAUAUUACUGAUAAUGUCAGUUAUUCAAAAAGUUUGCAUAGGUAUCAAUUGUUAUCAGUGCAAAAGCAGCGAGGACAAAAAUUGUGGUACGAAGAGCGCGGAUCGGAAGUACCUUAAGGAAUGUCCGAGGUCUCACAGGUUCUGUCGAAAAUUGGAUUCCAUUUAUUAUUUUACCGAUUCGCGAGAUUACAUUACGAUACGGGAAUGCGCGAUGUUCCGAACGGAAGGGCAAGAUUGUUACCACGGCCGGUACAACAGGGACAGUUAUCAGCGCGUCUGCGAGUGCGGGGAAUCCGGUUGUAAUCGUUCGCCGAGUUUACACCGUGGAACUUCGAUGAUUUUGCUCCUUUCUCAAUUAUUCCUUCGUUGGGUUCUUCCCUCUUGA